AGCCAGUAUCAUUCAGCAUGAAAGUUGGUGCUCGCAACAAACCAGUUCCUAAUCGCUGUCAUGCUUGUUGCAGAAAAGGAGUGAACUCUGUGGCAUAAGCAGCCUUGUUUCAGAAAAGGAGUGAACUGUGGUGGGAUUUGCAGGAAUUUCUGGGGUGAGGGGCUCAAGGUGUUUGUUUAAAAAAAAUGGAAUAACAGGGAUGAAGAUAAGAAUCCUUUGCAGAACCAAGAGGAGGGGCGAGGACUCAACAGUGAAGCUGAACUGCCAGAUUCGGUGAGGUUGUGUGUGAGGUAGGCACAAGAAGAAGAUGCAGGAGAAUCCUGACAGAUGCAUCCACCUUUGAAUACUCAGGACCUUGGAUGCUAUGAAGACCUAAGUACAUGGUGAUCUCUACACCCCCUGGAACAGUCUCAGUUUGUGGACAUUGUCAUAGCUCCAUUGAGGUCUCUGCAGCUAUGAUGACUUCUGCUGGCUGAAUCUCCUCUGAAGAAUCCCAUUUGCUUUGGUUGGAGUCUUGCAACAACCAUGGACAUGAAUGCUACCUCCAGAGGGGCUGAAGGCCAGCCUGGGAGCCCCCACCAGAAACCGGAAAAUAAGCAGGAACAGCGAAUGCAGAACUCCGGCAGAGAAGGGAGAGAGGAAGUGAUGGCGAAGAAAACUUGGGCAGAUGUAAUUCAAGAAAUGAAAAAUUUCCUGUGGGAUCCAGAGAACAGAACAUGUCUGGGAAGAACAGCUAAGAGCUGGGGCUUGAUCUUAUUGUUUUACUUCAUUUUGUACUUAUGUCUGGCUGGGUUGUUCGCCUUCUGCAUGUACAUAAUGGUGCUCACGCUGAACCCCUACGCACCGACAUACAGGGAUAGAGUUGCUCCGCCAGGAGUAAUGAUUAGACCAUACAUACAUGGGUUUACCAUUGCCUUCAACGUAUCAGAGCCUAGCAGCUGGCUUCCAUAUGUGGACAGUAUGCACCGCUUCCUCGCAGAUUACAAUGACACUGUUCAAGAGGAAAAAAACAUUGAGUGCAUAGCAGGCCAGUACUUUAUUCAAGAGGGGGAUGAGAGUGAGCAGAAGAGGGCCUGCCAGUUCAAACGCUCACUUCUGCAGAAUUGUUCUGGAAUUGAGGAUCCAACGUUCGGCUACUCAAGAGGCCAGCCAUGCAUUCUGCUGAAGAUGAACCGGAUCAUAGGCUACCAGGCUGGUGCUGGGACACCGGUGAGCGUGGACUGUAGAGUGCAGAAAGGCAAUGUGAGUGAUCUCAAAUCAGUGGACUUCUAUCCAGAAAGUAGAACAUUUGAUCUCAUGUACUAUCCCUACUAUGGAAAGCACACUCAUGUCAACUACACAUCCCCACUGGUGGCUAUACACUUUACAGAUGUGAAGAAGAAUUACUUUGUCCCCAUUCAGUGCAAACUGAAUGGGAAAGGCAUUGUGAAUGAUGUUCACAACGACCGCUUCCUGGGGCGCAUCAUCUUCGCAUUCAACAUUGGCAUGUAGCCAGUUGAAAUGUUCACUGGGCACUUUGUUUAUGGCAAACAUGUUUUUUCUCUUUUUAAAAAGAAUAACAGCAGAACGCAGGACACUUCUGUUAAAAACAGACAAGUUUGUUUUGGAAUUCUUUAUUUGAUUUUUUUUUUUUUUGUUUUUAAUUUUUUUAUUGCUAAUGAAAAUUUGCCAUGCAAUAUUCAAACAGAUAAACUACAUUUUCUAAAUGUAAAGGCCUGACCUAAACCAUUUUAGCAGUAAAAAUACAAAUCUGGUAACCAUAGGCAGAGCCCCUGCUCAAAUAAGGUCCAUUUUGAUCUUAACUACUUUUUGGAUAUUUUAACAUUCUUUUCCUAGGAUUGUGACUUUAUUUUUCUUUAUAGUUUUAAGCAUAUUUCUCAUAAGAAACAAACAAGCUGAUAAUUAAUCAAUACUGCAGGGUACUCCAUGCUCCCAUUUGAAAAAAGAAAUGUAAAGACAACCUUGGAUUACAUGUGUAAAAACAAUAAU